AACGUCCACAGAUUUAGUAUAUUUUGUGUCUUUUUCCCCGAUUUAUAUUCCCAUCGCGAACAGAAAUCCUCUCUAGGGAGCUCUGUGCAUCUCUGAGAUCUCUCAUCACUGUCUUUUUUUCCCUCUCAUGUCUUUGCCUCCGUUCAGUGACUCUACAAUGUUGCCGAUUAGAUUCUUUGCUGACUUCUUGAAAGGCACACUGCCUGCGUUUACUCACAGGGAAACAACUAGCAAAGGGAGUUCCUGAGCUGGUGGAAGCCAGCCAAGUGCUUCUGGGGCUCCUGCUGGGGCCCAUCUGCCUCUGCUGUUCCCUAAGCACAGUGUGGCUUUUCUCUUCUGUCAUCCAUUAUUUCCCUUUCCGGGCAGUUUUGAACCACUGUUGUCUAUCCAUCCUCUUACAGAACGGGACCAGAUGUGUUCUUUCACGAGCCUAAUCUGAAGUCUGAGUCUAGAAUACAGGAUCUCGAACAAUCCUUCCAGCUCUGAAGACGCCAGCCCGCAGGUAGGCGAAGGUCUUCAAAGCAGCUACAGCCGUUUAGAGGGUGUCGGACGUCAUUGAGGGCUCUUCAACCAGAAAUACAUUUAGUAAGAGGGAUGGCUUUCAAAAUGCUGCUAGAACAACAGAAAGCAUUUUUCGCAGCUGUAGUUUUACUAGCCUGUUUGGCACGUAGGGUGAUUUGUGAAACAGGAGACUGUGGACAGCAGGAAUUCAGGGAUCGGUCAGGAAAGUGUGUUCUCUGCAAGCAGUGUGGGCCAGGCAUGGAAUCGUCCAAGGAGUGUGGCUUUGGCUACGGGGAGGACGCCCAGUGCGUGAGGUGCCGGCCGCAGAGGUUCAAGGAGGACUGGGGCUUUCAGAAGUGCAAGCCGUGCCUGGACUGUGCCCUGCUGAGCCGCUUCCAGAAGGCCAACUGCUCUGCUGCCCGCGACGCCGUCUGCGGGGACUGCCUGCCCGGGUUUUACAGGAAGACAAAGCUAGUUGGUUUUCAAGACAUGGAAUGUGUGCCUUGCGGAGACCCCCCGCCCCGCUACGAGCCGCACUGUACCAGCAAGGUCAACCUGGUGAGGAUCCCGUCCACAGCCUCCAGCCCGCGGGACACGGCCCUGGCUGCCGUGAUCUGCAGCGCCCUGGCCACCGUCCUGCUGGCCCUGCUCAUCCUCUGCGUCAUCUACUGUAAGCGGCAGUUUAUGGAGAAGAAACCCAGCUGGUCCCUGAGGGCACAGGACCUGCAGUGCAGCGGUUCUGAGCUGUCCUGUUUCGACAGACCCCGGCUCAGCGCCCCUGCGCGCCAUGCCUGUUGUCAGUGCCUCCGGGACUCGGCCCAGACCUGCGGGCCCGUCCACCUCAUCCCGUCCCGGUGCUGUGACGGGGCCUGUGGCAUCAGCCGGGAGACUCCUGGUUGUCGGGUGCAUUCCAAGGCCACUCAUCAGGACAGAGUACUUAGCAGCUCUUUCGAACGUGUGUCCAGAAACCCAGGUCCAUCAGGGGAAGUGACUCCGACUUUCUUCGGGUCCCUUCCGAGGUCCAUCUGUGGUGAGUUUUCAGACGCCUGGCCUCUGAUGCAAAACCCCAGUGGUGGCGACGACAUCUCUUCUUGCGACUCUUAUCUUGAGCUCCCCGGAGAAGACGUUCACUCUCUCCGUCUGGAGAGUGCAAGCUCGGCUUCCCCGGACUCGGAUGGUCGUGAGGAUCUGGUUGGUGGAGCAGUUCCAACUCAAGCUCAUCCUGAAAACUUUAAAGAAACUACUGAUUUAUCGAGACGCGAGGACUCACUGCCAGAACCAGCGCCCACUCAGGACGCGCUCAGCGCCGGAGACCGGCUGCAUCAGGAGAGAGGAGACGUCUGUCCCCCGACCCCUCGGCCGCCACCCCAGGAGGCCGAAAGGACUUGCUUCUUUCUGCAGUGAAGUCUCAUGUGGAGCCCAAAGGGCAGCCGCUCCUCUGCUUACGGACUCAGCACCGUCUGGACCUCGUGUGGCUUCUGGGGGAGGAAAGUAAAUCUGAACCAAACCGAUGGCGUUUUAAACCCUUCAACCAGUUGCUUCUGAGCCAGACCAGCUGUAAGCUGAAACCUCAAGGAAGAGAGACUCCAAGCCCUCGUGAGACUUUAAGCCCUCGUGAGACUUUGCAUCUUUCCUGCACAAGAAGCUUCUAUGCUUCAGGCAGACUUCAGAGCCCAAGGGCCCGAGUUUCCAGCCUCGGAGCUUGUGCUAUAAGGAGAAACAGAAAUGCAUUCAUGCUUCUUUUCAUGGUGGAUGUGGUUGGACAAGACUGAAAACCCAGAGCAUAAAUUUUCAUUUACAUUUUCUUUCCAGAAAUAAUUUCAUAUAUCCUACUAAAAGUCAAUGUCAGAUUACUUAUCUUAGUUUUUAGGUAAGAUGGGUUCAAAAGGGAGUGUUUCUAUUUACUGAAGGUCACUUUUUCCUCAUCUAAAUAAUUAGCAUAGGAGGUUAGAAUCGACUUCACGAGGCCUGCCUGAGUGUUGGGUUUAUAGAUGAUGUUAACUGUCCUAACUGGGACUCAGAAGAGACCAAAUCUUUGCAGAAUCGACACGUCUCGCCUCAGCCACUGUCCCGUGAACUCUGACUGAGUUAGUAAGAAGAAGGGCCUGGGUUGUCGUUGGAAAUGUCGUUGGAAAGGACUGCCCGUCCCUCUGAGUUAAAAGCUCCUCAACGCAAGCAUCCUAGAUCAGCAGACUUCUGUAAAAAUCCAUUGAUGGGGGGCGUUUGUUACUUCUGUCCCUGGGACUGAGUUUAAAAGAUCCAGAAUCUCUCUUUCAUGGAAAAUCGGUAUUUAUGACGAUCUUUUAUGUGCAUCGUAUUUUAUACUAAAGGCUUUAGAAAUGACGACAUGUCAGGUUUCCCUGCUACUGAAACGUGACGCCGGGUGAGCAGUCUUAGGGGACCGCUCUGCACAUGAGGACCAGAAGGAAGAGCACAGCUUGUAGGCAGCGUGUAGGGGAAGGUCUGUAACUGCCGUCGUGUCGUUCGGACAGGGUAUUAUAGGGCUGCCUCCAGUCUGGGCACAGUAAUUCCCACCUUAGGCCGGUGGCCUUGGAUUUAAGAGCCUGGAGCUUCUAUGACGGGAUUCUGCCAGCUACCAGCUUGGAACUUAUGUCCUAGAAUCAGCUCUAGAGUGAAUAACCCAGCUCAGGUGUGAGCCAGGGAUGGCUCCUUGGCUUUUCAUCUCUGCGCCCAGGAGAGGAACUGUUUGCGCAGGGUUGAUUUUCCCUGUUGGAAGGUUGGGGGUCAGCUCUGGCUCUUGUCUUUCAGGUGGCUAUGACUAGCUCUGCUCCGUUUGCACUUAACAAAGAAAUAGACUGAGAGAGUGCUCAGACACUUUGUUUCCCAGUCGCUCACCCAAAUCAGUGUCUUCCACUUGACAUUUAAAGCGAGUAUUAGAGGGGAUUCCCUGGUGGCCCAGCAGUUAGGAUUCGGUGCUUCACCAGCAAGGGCCUGGGUUCAGUCCCUGCUCAGGGAACUGAGAUCCCAUAAGCCAUGCAGCAUAGCCAAAAAAAAAAAAAGAGUUUACAGUGAGCGUUAGAAACCUGCCUUUGCUGGGACAUCCUUGUCUUCCCCCUUCCUGCCCAUGCUUCACCCUCUUGCGUUAGUCAGCUCUCACAGGGCCUCUCCCCCGUGCUGGAACUGUCGCUCCACCCGCAGCUCAGGCCCCCUGGGUUGGCUACGUUGUGCACGUGACCUCCGUUCCUUUGACUGAAGUGGGAAAUGAGAGCGUCUUGUGGUGAUAUUAGCACAGCCUUUCCUGUCUACCUGGUGCCCAGUCAUGUUGAUUGACUUUCUUUCUUCUCUAACUUUUUUAGCCUAAACCAGUGGUUCUUAAGCCCUGGCACUCACCAACUCUUCUGAGACUUGCCUUUAGGAAACGUAUGUAAAGUAUUUAGGAUCUGAUCAGAGAGGUCCAUGAAAAUGCAGGUUCCGCCGUAAGUGACGUGUGUGCUGUCGUCUGCAGUCUGAUCAUGUUUGUUGAGGGCAGUGGCGUGGUCAGAUGGGCCAGGGUGGUGCUUCUUUUUGUAACCUGAGUGUGGUUUCUAUAUGUACAGCCCUCUUUGACUUCGAAGGCGAACCCUUGCAGGAGAAAGCUGACAUCGGUGGGAAUGAGACCUUGGCCCCAAAUCCUGAAACAUCACUUUUGAUCAGUAGAGAAAUACGUAGGGUUAAUAAUUGAUUUCAUUUGAUGUUGCAUUUGAAAAAUCUUGGGUUAUUUUUAUCAAGAGGAAGACAUUUUACAACCAUGUAGUAUGGAAACAUACAAUGAUGUCAUGUUCUACACUCUGUAAAUGCUGGAGAGGACGAUCCAGUUGGCAUCUCCUGUCGUUGGCGUACCCUGCAGAACUCGGAUAAACUCCGCCACUAGGGAGCAACGCCGGGAAGUCGCCAUUAGCGGAUAACAGGGCUGGGGCGCGAAUCCCUGUGACUUCUGCUGCUGCGGAACUCAUCCGCAAGGAUGAGAGGAGGACUGGAGAACAGCCACAUAAAGGCCUGGGGUUUCCUAAUUUUGUGUAUGUGGAAUAUAUUUUUCAAGUAUAGAUUUUUCUACUUUAGAUAAACUGUUAAUGUUGCUGUGACCUAGGUUAAGCACUAUUGUCUGUGCUAGUAAAAAAAAAAUAGAAAAGGAAAAAAUCCAUCAUUGCUUUAAGGCAGUCAGCUUGCAUCAGUUUAGACCUCAUCAUGACUGUUUUGUAUACUGGAAUUUAUAAAUUUGUAAAUGUUGGUUUUCUUACACAACUAGUUUUGUAAGACCUUUUUUUUUAUAUUUGUGAAUAAACUUGUUACCUGGUAUUGU